AUGUGUAAAUCUCCAAAAAAUUCAACCUACCAGACCAUCAAACAAGAAAAGAUCGAAUAUGAGAACUUAAGCACCAAUUGCACUGUAGUAGGAUCCAAUAAUUUGAAUCUCGUCAAAAAGCCACAAAUCAUAACCAGUAUGUCUCCUGCAUAUUCCAAUCCUAGUCCCAGCUAUCCGCCAUCUCCUUAUUCUUCUCCAGCUAGUCUCAAAUCACCUUCUCCUUCUUUGAAGCCUCCUACACCUCAACCCAACUUUCCAGUCAUGCAGAUUAUUCAAAAUAACAUUCUGGCAAGACCCAUUCAAACAUCACAGCCUCAGAAUAUCAUCAAGUUAAAGCCACAUCUUAAUAUAUUGCCUAAACCAUCAGCUAGUCCACAGCCAUCACCCAAGCCAAGUGUCAGCCCUCAAAUAGUCAUACCAACCAACCAUCAACAAACAGCUACUAUUGUACCGACAGCUCAGCCACUACUUCUCAACCAGAUGCCUAUGCUAACUGCUCCUUCAGUUCAGUUCAUUUUAAGGCCACAAACUGCUACCAAAAUACAACCACAGAUGCAGGCUGCAACAGCUACACCACAAGGACUGAUCCUACAACCCAGUGGGCAACAAUUGUUACAGAUCCAACCGCCUAGGUCCCAACCUAUGGUUAGGGUAUUGACCAAUGGUAUGCAAUUGGCGCCAUCAACUACUACAUAUGUCACACAGGUUGGUCCUCAACAGCCAAACAAUGGAAGUGGUCUUGCUCAGCAAACAUUGAUGAAUAACACUCCACCACAGCAAAUACUUCAACAACAACAACAUCAUUUGAAGAAAAAGCCAAAAAGUAAAGCCAAGAAAAAACUAGACCUCGCAAAUAUAAUGAAACUUUCAGGUAUUGGCGAUGAGGAUGAUAUACAGUUUGAAAGUGAUACUUCUCAAAGUGAAAGCGAACACAAUUCUGUUCCCACAACUCCACAGGUAAGAUAA